GAAAUCAAUCAACAAAUGUUUUUUUUUUAAUGAUAGCGAAAUACACAAAUUAUAACGUUAUUAUUCCUAAUAUUUCUGUUUUCUAAACAGAAUUAUCAUAACCGCUGUACUAGCAGAGCAAGCCGCGACACAGGGUAGCCCAGAAUGACAGUGUGCUUGGUUGCCUUUGUUUAUAAACAUUCCACUGCGUGUGUUGCUACGUCGCUUUUCUCCAUUCAACCGUGAAUAUUCGUUGUAAAUAGUGUUCCAUUUGUUUUAUCGUGUUGAUCGCGCACCAUCCGUCUGCCCUUGCAAUUAUACCCAAGUGCCCCCGUAGAUCCCUGCCAACGUCGGCGUUCCCGGUGACGUGCAACUUACUGGCAACCACCACGGCAAGCUACAACAAUGAGUGUUAGGGCUGGUCCACAGCCAGAGACGCUGUUCCAUUCGUGUAUCCGAUUCGUAGCUAAAAAUUUACAGCUAUACAAAAACAUCGAAUAUCUCGAGCUGCUACCGGCGCUGGUAAAGAAUGCCAUCUUUCUGAAUGUGGUGCGCGUUCACAAAGGCUUCCACGAUGAGGAACUGGCCCGGCUGUUGUUGAACUCCUCGCUCACCAGAAUAAAUCUGUCGACAUCCACGAUCACCGACGGUAUCUUGACGCUGAUGGCCGAAAAGUGUCCUCACCUGCGUAGCCUUACCCUAACCGAGGGCAACUAUCGGUUUACCCGUACCGGCCUGAACGCAAUGAUACAGCGGUUGGGCAAACUGCAGCAUUUAUACGUAAAGAAUUGCCCACUGAUUGAUGACGCGUUUGUACGCCUGCUGGCAAAGAGCUGUCCGCAGCUGGACACACUCGAUCUCGAGUCGUGCAAGAACGUUGGCGACGAUUCGGCCGAAUGUUUGCGUGUCAUGCCCCUGGUACGGCUCAACGUUUCCCACACGAGCAUUACGGACAAAUUCUUAAAGUCGAUCGCAAACGAACGAUGCGGAAAAACGCUGGAAGAUUUGAACGUCGGCCACUGUCCGAUUACAAGCGAUGGGCUGUCGGCUUUGUCCUGGAACACGAUCAAAUACAUCGGGUUCGAAGGAUGUAACAUCGAAGAUCUGGAAAUUGUUGGUUUUGGGAAGCAUCUGAAAUAUAUCUGCUGGACUAUCUCUAACUGAUACAGCAGAGGUCGUCGGAAUUAUCGGAAUUAUCAACCUUCAACUACACGAACAAUAUAAAAGGUAAUUUUAUAUUUAUCGAUCUGUUUCAGCUACAAUUGACCACAUUAACCGUCGAACGACAAAUAUUGAUAAAGAUCUCUUCUCACAGUGUAGCAGCACACUGAAUACAGCAAUAUUGGCGUUUAGUGUUAAAUUACACAUAAUUUUCACUCACGAUCUAACAUCGCAAAAACGGAGCAAAAUUUUGAUGAGUUCAUUUUAAAGUUUAAGCUGAAGGCAAUAUAAUCCAGUGAUAGGAAGGCCAGUUAGGCAGGAAAGAAACAGUUGUCGAAAUUAACCAUGGAAGAAGCUAUUAUAUUAUACUGUGGACCAACCAAUGCUAACAAAACGUACGAAAGGAAUCUGCUAACUCCCGCAAAAAAGGAGAAAACGGAAACAAUUGUGGAAAAAAACAUUACUCUCCGCUAGAUGAUAUAGCUAUAUUUUAAACGGAUGCACCGCCGCUAUUAUAAUCGUUCCACUAACUUACACACUCAACCACUAUUUAGCACCCAAGCUCUAGCGUUACUGGUAACUAAAAUGGAAUGAAAAAAACAAAAUUAAACUAUUUCAAACUACUACAAUUUAUAGCAAAAACACUAGCAAAACAGACAAGCAAUCAAUUGUAAUACUAAUGUGUAAGGCAGAUCAGCACAGGUAGCUGUUGAAAUACAAUAGUGUAACGGUUAGUAAACGUUUAAAAAAAAACACAGUUCCUUCCCCACUUUUUCCCCAUUACAUCCCUGUAGCACGUUUUCCCACGAUAUGUCACCAACGUUAAGUGCAACCGCGCAAAUACAAUAACACCCAAAAAAAAACCACGCUAGACUAUACGAUACGUAGCAAUACAAACAGGAUUUUCUAAUGGACCAUUAAGCAUAGUAAUGAUAGUAAUGAUAGCUACACGCAGAGGAGUAGUACAACAAGCAUUCGCUAGCAGUAUAGCGAGAGAACUAUUUUAAAAGAGGUAGCACGUACGGUGAUAUUGUUGUACCCACAGUACAAGCACUGGCCGGUGUAGAAUAAGAGUUAAAAUCAAAUAUACAUAUAUACAUACCCGUAUAAAUAGGAAAUCGGUAUGUUGGCGGUCACUAACCCUCUAGCCCCGAUGCUAGAGUGGAUCGUGUUUUUUUUUCUCUUUUUGGUUGCCAUUUAGUUUUACAUUACACAUUAGUUUGUUAGUCAUGCAGGAUCACACAGCAGCAGGAAUCUGAUUUAUUUGCUAACAAUAUACACAUAUGUACGCCAUGAACGAUCGAUCUCCAUACGAAUGCUCCAAGUGUUUGCUUUAAACGAAAAGUACUGGAUACUUUCAUCUAUAGCAAAUGCUAUAAAUAUUAUAAACAAUUAUCUACUGGCUUUAGUUUGCGGUUUAAGCUUAUUCUGCUGCCAUCAGCAAAACCACCAUCCUCAAGGUUCCCUCAAUUACAUUUACCAACACCCAGGUCCUUCCGCGUGUUUGUUGUCACACGAUACAAAAUGUCCAUUCACCAAAUGCACCAAUAACAAUGUACCAGGCUAAGGCUAUAAUAGUUGAUAGUAAUAUUAGAACGAACAGUAAAAGCAAUGAAUUUUUGAACUAAUCAAAAUGGUUAAAAUACAAUUUUGUUUGGUUUUUUUUUGUUAUCUUUGCCUAGUAAAACUAUCCAAACGUUUGUAAAACUAAUCAUAUUGUUCAUAAUACGAAGCUACAAACGAGUUACUAAUAAUCCGGACCAACAAAUAAAGUAGAGGGUGAUGAAUGUACGGUGUAAAAACAAAAAAAAACAGAAUCAUUUACGGAUGUGUUAACUGGACCUUCGUUAGCGAUAGUAUUCUGUAUAACCUAACUAGCGCAAAAAUAGUUUUUAUGGUAUGCAAAAGAAAGCAAAUGAUGAUAAAAAAGCGUGUAACAGCUUUAAACAUCGAACCAAGAAAGCAAUAGGACUCGUUCGUUAACUGUGGGAAUGUGGCGCUGAAAGGAAAAAGUAUAAAAUCAUACAAAUGUUAGGAUAAAGAAGAGCAAGAGAAAAAAAAGCAUAACCGGCAAUGAACAUUUAAGUUCUCUCACGAUAAUCGAAAUAUUCUUUCCAAGUAAUACGUAAUCGAGCAGUUCUUUGCCAAAGUUUCAACUUCUAAUUAUCAUUUAUCCUCAACACAAAAGUAACUCACUAAUACCGGCAAGAGUUGCAAACAAGUAAACAUCGGAAGAACACAAAUAAUGGGCACACAAAUGCAAUGCUACGGUUUUUACAUAUAAGGCACAAAGAAUUGCACUAAGGACGGAAGGUUUUUUUGCUAAAUAGCGCCAACUAACUACUGUCGAAGAGAGAUUUGUAACGAUGCAAUAAAUGGGAUGAAUGGGUGGAUGGUGCAAAAUGCCAUCGAAUCGGUGAUCCAGACGUUUUUAAAUCAAAAUUUUAUAAUCGAACGUAACGGAAUGGAUAAAAUGUGGACGCUUUUAACCUUAACCGCGUUAAGCCAUCGAACAAAAGGGGAUGGGGAAAAAAUGGAAAUGCAAACAACUAAUAUAAUAACACAAAGCAAACUACUAUAUAUACAUAUACAUAUAUAAAUAUUUAAAUGCAAAAUUAUUGUAAUCGAAAACACCACUAUUUGCUAAAUGCAAACAUUGUUAGUUGUUAUAAUAUUGUAAGUCGCAUCGUAAUCUCGAUUUGUCUUUUUUUUUGUUUUCUCAAAAAUUCUCAACUAAUGCUAAUAAUGCAACACAUUGUAACAACAAAACAAAACAAAGAGACACACAUGCAGAACCAUGCACCAACACUCACUCACUCACUUACGAAAGGAAUUUUGAAGAAAAGUAUUUUUUAUAGCAAUUCAGUAACAUUCAAUAUUGAUAGUUAGUAAGCGCCGAAUUUUAGAGCGUGUUGGAAACUGUUUAGAUAAUUAUAGUAAACUAGUUUAGUGUAUCCGCAUACUUAAUGACGCAUUAGUUUAGAACUUAGUUUUUUUUUUCAUAGCAUUGCAGUUUGUUUUAGACCUAAAUACUUAAUCCAAACGCUUAUUUCAUGAGGCUAUUUUGCAACGAGAUCUACAUAUAUAUUAAAAAAAACAAGUCUUCUUCUUAAUAUACUUUAUUCGCACACAUUUACAUCUCCUAUCGUUAAGUUACUAAUGAUAAAAUGAUAAAAGCAUAUGUGUAUGUAACAAACACCAUAUUAUGUUUAGUACCAGUAAUAAGUAAACGAAAACCUUCAUCACAAUAUAAACCGUCUUGUCAAUAACAAUGCUUUCUGCAAAUGCUCUGUUUUGCAGCUUCCGAUAAGCCUCACUGGCAAUGGAAGUCGCCGGCAGAACAUCACAAAAAGCGAUACUGAAAAAAGACCAAUUAUUAAGGCAGUAUUUUUAUCAAUCAUUAAGGACUAAUUAAACUCAAAUUCACGAUGAUAAUAAGAAAACAAGAAGCGAACAUUUUUUAAAACCAUUGCACACCUCACCAUUCAGUAUGUUUUGUACCUACUAGUAGCAGGUGUUUCACUACACAAACUACAUCAACUACAAUAAUUAUUUUCGAUGAACAACAACAAAAAAUACGAUGGCCGUAGUGUUUGAUAAAUGAUAAUAAAACAGAAACGUCUUGUUGGUUUGUUUUACCAUCCCCCAAAACUUUGGUGUUUGUAUGUUUAGUUUUUACUGUAACAAAACUUGGUUUGUUGAGAAUAUUUAAAUAUUGGACGUUAGCAGUGAGGCGGAACUCGCCAGUUAUACGGGUGGUUGAAUGCAGAAUAUCUUGUCAGACGAGCUAACGAUGAUCGACAGAUGAAAUCGCUUCUUCGAAUGAAACCUUCACAGAGCGGAUAAAGGAGAUACCGGACUAGGAGUAGAUAGUAAUGGAGAGCGACUUUACGGCAACUGGUAUCUCAUUGACAAAGUGUCCCCGACAUAUUCGGACGAUUGUUUCGAGUUAAUCUCAUCGAAAUGUUCACCUAGCGAGCAAACUUUUCGGUCGAUUCUCGCUAAUUUACUGGCUUCAGGGAGGUCAUCCACAUCAUCAGGCGUACAUGCUGGACACUCUAAUCGUAAUAGAACCAGGCUGCGAAUGAAGAUAUUGAGGUACGAGAUACAUCAGAUAGAUCAGGUAGAUCAGAUAACACCCUGAAAAGCGACAUCUAUAGGUACAUUUUAUAGGAAUCGUAGCUAUUACCUCCACAAACUUUUAUAAUGUUGAACACCCCUUUCAUUGUGCGAUAGUAAGUUCAUCGUACACCUCAUGAAGUAUGUUGUCGUACGCAUUCGGACCUAAAAACCAUUAUGAGGAUUUUUUUGAACGUAGCUAUGACGUCGCUUUGGACAGAAUCCUUGUCACAUAUGCCUGUAAGCAUUGGUAUAUUGAGAGGAGCAUUUUCGUCAGGACAUAACCAUCAGGACAUCCAUCUUCAGCUCGCAUUUAACGCCAUUUGGGGCCGUUCAAAAAAAAAAGCUUCUCUUAGCUCUUUGAGUCUCUAAAGAGUUGAUAAAGUUGGAACUAUUCCUUCACGACCGUGUACAACUUAAGAUAUAGAGUGAAAAUGUGAUCAGUUGCUGGGCGCCGUUUAUCACAUACACCACCGGGUCGCCCCAAGAAUUGAAUUAUAUUAAGUAAGAAUUCUUUGCCAGCGUUGAGUUCUUUCCAAUUGUUUGGAGGAGAAAGGAUAAAAUAAAAUUCGAUAUAUUGUA